AGCUGAUAAGAUUCAGUGUCAGUAGUGAUCGUAAAAGUAGGGCGUUGCGUCGUAUCUUGUUUUAUUAAUUAACUAUUAAAAUAAAUUAAGUUCACCGUUGCCAGAAUGGGGAAUAAUUUUACAGUAAACAUGGAAGAAAAUUUUAAAAAGAAUCAAGAAUUUAUUCAGACAAUUAAUAAAAUCAAGAUGGAAAGACAGAUUCAAUUACAAUAUCAAAUGCAAGAGCGACAAAUGGCGUUGCAAAUUGCUAAAAAUAGAGAUACCUGUCUUUGGAUGACAACUUUUUACAUUACUGCUGCCACUGGCUUAUUCACAGGACUAAGGAGGUAUUCGAUAAUUUUCAGGAGGACAAAGAGGCCCUACCUACUGAUGCCACUAAUACCCUUAACAUUUGUGACCCUUUAUUAUUGGGACCUUGCCUAUGGAAACAAAGUCCAUAGGAUUAGAAUGGAAGCUGAACACAUCAUGACCCAUGAAGCAGAAUCCCUAGAGUGGCCGUGCGGUCUUCCAUCUCCUUCUUCCAUCGACAUAGGGCGCGAGGACGAGGAGGAGAAAAAACGAAUCCAUCCGCCACUUCUGUAAACUGUUCAUCAACAAUCUCAAUGUUCAGGCAUGUGCCUUUAGCUUUGUAGUUCAAAAAGCGUUUAAAAUUAAAUCAAUACCCGUGUUUAGGAAAAAUUACGUAGCUAAUUACUUUCAUGAGCGAAACCAUUUCAAAACUAUACCAUUUAUAGAAAAUAAUCGUUGAAUGUUAUAUUCAUGAUAAAAACUUGUAAUAUAUCUAUAUAUGGACAACUUUAACUAAACGCAAAUUUAAGGAUUUUGCGACUAAUAUUUGAAUUUGACUUUGGAUAUUAUUCCCUGAAGUAGGUAUAUAAAUUUCUCAAAAGAUCUGAAAGGUUUCUCUAGUAAGAAUAUAAGGUACUUAAGCCCAGAAAAUUGUAUCACAUUCCUAUUUGUAAUCUGAACUGGAAUUUCUCAGAGUAGGUACAAUAAUAUGUUUGUGAUAUUAUUAGGAAGCAGGUUACGAUAGCAUAAUUCCAAAAUGGAACAUCUCAGCUCGUCUUUUGUCUAAUAAUAGGUACCUGCAUUAUAUUCCAUGUAAAUUAAUAUUUGAACAAGUUUUUAAGGUCGGUAUUUAAGACAAUGCGAUGAUGAUGAUGAGAUUUAAGACAAUGGAUUUGAAAGGUAAUCGGUCCAGUGAUUGGUAUUGUGACUUAAUAUUAGGGUCUUAAGUUAAUGUGGCUUACUUUAUCUUAAGGGGUAGGGGUAGGUAAUUAGUUCUCAAAGCUAUAAAUUAUAAUGAUAGCUUGCACAUUGCUAGCCAGAGCCACAAGCCAUUCAUUGUAUAUUAAACUAGAGGUGAAAAAUAGACUGGUCUUAAAUUGCAUUCAUAUUUCGUGCCAAUGCGUGCGUUAGAUACCUACCUAACUACGAAUUGUGUUUUUUUACUUUGUAGUUUGUAAAUAGAAUUCACCUAGUCAUUUGAAAACAUUGCGACACGAGUUUAUUAUUGUUAGCAGCUUAGUAUAUGUUUUUUUACACAGAGGUUAUACAUUUUUUAUAUUUAUACAUUUUUAGCGUUUUAGUGUAGCUCAAAUCUGGGGGCACGGUGCUCCCACCAAAACGAAAAAAAAAGAACUACUUACAUAUUAAAGUUAAGUAUACAAUAACUUAAAAUAGCUUUAUCGACACACAUAUCACAUAUUCAAGUUUCUAACGUCUCUGAAAUUAAAUGGAAUUUGAUUUGACCUCAAUUCUAAUAUCAGUCGAGAUGACAUUUUGACAAACAGUGUGAUCAAUGCCGCAAUGAUAGUUGUAACAUACGGUCCCUGAACACAUCAUAGAAAGCUCAUAAAAUGUGUGUAGAUAAAGCAGUGUAUGUAACUAUAUAUAAUGAAGCAUUAUGUAGCAGUCAAACUACAAUUAAAUAGAUACCAUAAGUUACGCAGACAGAUUGGGGUUUAGUUCAAACGAUAUUGUUUAUAUUAAUUAUUGUAGGUAGUUACAUUUAUAUUUUACAACUUGUUUUGUUAAGUUUUAUCAGUUGUGUUUUGGUGUUUGCUUUGUUUAUGUAGUUAAUAAUUUUAUAUGUCUGUUAUAGUGCAUAGUGCAAUACAACACAGUCUUAAGACAAAAACUUUUAUAGUAGAUACUCAAUUAACAUAAAGUAUUCAACGACAAAUACCUAAUUAUAAGUACAUAUUCUUGUAAGUAAACGUUUACUAAUAAAUAUACAUUCACUCAU